UGGGCGUAUAUGAAUCACAAAUCUCAACUUUAAUUUCUCCUCUCCCAAAACCCUCAAGAAAAGACUUUUCCUUCGCCCGCUCUUUUCUAGGGUUCUUUCGCGCUCCUCACUCUCAACUAAUCCCAUGGCCGCCGCCGUUCCGCCUCCCGCAGAUCAGGCUGCAGAUUUAUUGCAGAAAUUGUCAUUGGAAUCGCAACCAAAGACUAUCGAAAUUCCUGAUGCCACUAAGAAGCCAUCAGUUGAUUCCGGGAACGUGGCUAAUGGGAUACAAAUGGAGCGAUCUAUCACCCCUCAAAUUCCAGAUUUUAUGGAUCCUACGGUGUGCUACUAUCCGUCACCUGCUUACUAUUAUACUCCCUUUGAGGGCAAUGAAUGGGAAGAUUACUCACGAUACCUGAGCCCAGAUGGAGUGGAGCUGACUCCGGGAGCUUAUGGGGAGAUGUAUCAUGGUUAUGGCUAUCCUCCUUAUGGGCCAUAUUCACCAGCUGUUUCCCCCAUUCCAACAUUGUCUCACGAUGGUCAACUGUAUAGCCCUCAACAGUAUCAGUACCCAACUCCUUAUUUCCAGCCAUUGCCACCCACAAAUGGUCCGUACCCCUCUGGUGCAAAAGGUGACAUAGCCACCUCUGGGGGUGCUGAUCAAGUGCCUUUGCCGGUGGAUUCUUCUAAUUCAAAAUCUAAUGGUGUUGCCGGUGGUGUGGCCACAAAGGGAAACAAUGGUACAGCGAUGGCAAGACCAGCAUACCAAAAUUCAUCUUUCAAUGCGAAUGGCUCAUAUGGAAGAGGUGCUUUGCCUGGGGGAAUUCCAUCCUCUGGUUAUCAAAACCCAAGAUAUGGUUUUGAUGGUUUACAUUCACCUGUCCCAUGGUUAGAGACUCCAUAUUUUUCAGAUGCACAACAAAGGCCUAUAACUAGUUCAUCAAUGACCUCUGCAGUUGGGAAUGGAAAUAGUGUUCCUUCAUCCAGGAAUCAGAAUUAUCAGCCUCACCUGAUGGGCUCGAAUCACCCAAGGCCAAUGUCAUUGAUGAACAAUGCUAAUGGAUACAUUAAUAGAAUGUAUCCAAACAAGUUAUAUAGUCAAUAUGGAAAUGCAUACAGAUCUGGAGUGGGCUAUGGUUCGAAUGCUUAUGACACACGGUCGGGUGGAAGUGGCUGGGUGGCUGUUGAUAGCAAGUACAAGCCUAGGGGAAGAGGAAAUGGAUAUUAUGGGUAUGGUAAUGAGAAUAUUGAUGGCCUCAAUGAAUUGAACAGGGGCCCAAGAACCAAGAGCACGAAGAACACAAAGGGAUUUACACCCGUAGCUUUGGCUGUCAAAGGUCAAAAUAUUCCCUUGGCUGAAACAGCUGAUAAUGAAAAGUCAAGCGUGGUUCCUGAUCGAGAACAAUACAACAGAUCAGACUUCCCUGAGACCUACUCUGAUGCCAAAUUCUUCAUUAUCAAAUCAUACAGUGAGGAUGAUGUCCACAAGAGCAUCAAGUACAAUAUUUGGGCUAGCACACCAAACGGUAACAAAAAGCUGGAUGCUGCCUACCAGAGUGCUCAACAAAAACCUGGAAGCUGCCCUAUUUUCCUUUUCUUCUCCGUUAAUACCAGUGGUCAGUUUGUUGGUGUUGCUGAGAUGGUUGGUCCUGUUGACUUCAACAAGAAUGUGGAGUACUGGCAGCAAGACAAAUGGAUUGGUUGUUUUCCAGUCAAGUGGCACAUUGUGAAGGAUGUACCGAACAGUUUGUUGAAGCAUAUUACCCUCGAGAAUAAUGAGAACAAACCCGUGACUAACAGCAGGGACACCCAGGAGGUUAAACUUGAUCAGGGGCUCGAGGUGCUCAAAAUUUUUAAGGAUCACGUAAGCAAGCAGUGCAUCUUGGAUGAUUUUGAUUUCUACGAAGAUAGACAGAAGAAAAUCCUGGAGAAGAAAGCCAAGCAACAGCAUUACCACAAACAGACUCAAGUGUGGGAAGGCAAACCAACUGAAUUGAAGAACAAGGAGAAUAAGGAAUGUGCGAAUGCUCAAGUGGAGAAAGAAAGUGUAACGGCCGGUGUGGCGAAUGGGAAUGGGGAUGUUACAGAAAGCAUCACUCUUACAAAGUCUAGUGACGCAAAACCUGCUGUUACUAUUCCUGAGAGCGAAGUGGUUGCUAAUGGGUGCUAGCUUGGGUUGUCGGAAUACUCUCUAGUAGGAGAAUGAGUGCAGAAGCAACAGAUGUGUUAUUCAGCAAAGCAAGCCGCUCCGAUUUUCUUGUCCUUGAUGGCUCUUUUUUUUUUUUGUUUGAGGAAGGUAUAAUGUUUCUUUUUCUUGGUUGUCAGUUUUUGUUUUUAUUUCUAUUUUUUCUUUUUAAUAUCUGAUCUUGUUUCAUAGCGCUCUAAUUUAAGCGGUUUUUGAUAGUCGUUCUCA